CAAUACAAGAAGUUUGAUGCCUUCUUAUUCGCACCACCCGCAGCAAAUAUUUUCUAACUCCGACCCAUUCGACAAAUAGAAGUAUAAGAUAAGAAACGUAAGAAAAACAUGUCUUCUGCACCUACCGAAGAACCAUCCACGCCCCCAGAGGGACUCCGCGAUGACGAGCUUAGUAAGCGGUUCUAUUAUGGGGGAUUGCUUGGUCUUCCUUGGCUAUGGAUUGUUCAUGCAUUGCAUUUUCACGGAAAGCAGCGACAGUUGGAGGCGCAAAGGAUUUUGCGUGAGGAACAAGAACACAAUAGUGAAUGUAAGAAUGAAACUUGCCGAGUGGGACGACAACGAUGAUAAUCUGUCUGUAUUGUCUUCGGGGAUCUUACAUCACCGAUGUUCUCCUUUUUUUUCUAGCUUCAUCGUCACAUCCUGACACAGACAACCAAUACGCUGAAGCAGAAAAGAUGUGGGUACGACGCGGGAGAAACUCCGCUGUUGUUGUUUCGGGCGCUUGGCUCGCAUGGGUACUCUUUGUUCAACUAAUUUUUCCUGACACUCUUCCGUCGUCAUGGUACGUUCGAGACCCUAAUUCUUAUGCGGCCACGGGUUGGUAGAACGAGAGAUAUCAAUUAUUAAAUUCGACAGUCGAAGUGCUCUUUUAGUAGAGUGAGCACUUGUUGAGACGGUUGUUUUGCGGAGGGAUACCAAUCGUCAACACCCGCACAGAAAUGCAAAAUUAACGACCGCCCAGGGUUCAUAACUUCUUUUCAUACACUCAAGAGAAGCGGCAAUUGUAACAUAGGAGAUAAAAUUUCAUUGUAUUU